AAUUCCAACAUUGUGAUAUCAUUAUCACAAUAUAAUUAAUCUAUUAUUUGGUUUCUUGAUUGAAACUUUUGAUGAGUUAAGAUGAGAAUUUCCAUAAUUUUGUUAUUAUCCUUUGUGAUAAUUUCUCAUUGUAAAGAUAUUCGCAAACUCAAGUUCAACGGUAUUGGUAGAGGUAUCAAUGGAUUCAAAAAACGCGCAGAAGAAUUUUCAAGAAUAAGAAAGAUUCGAGACACUGAAAAUACCUAUUAUACACCUUUAGAACUAUCGGCUGAUAUCAUUUCAGAAAGAGGAAAAAGAUGUGUCACUAGCAGACUUGGUUCAACAUUAUCAUCUAGACUUGGAUACCCAAAAUCUGAGUUAUCAGAAGAUAAAGGUAAAAAAGGACGCAAGUUAUACGAAACUUUAUGUAAAGCCUGUGUUAAGAAAAACAACUGCGAGUACUUAAAUGAUUGUCCCCUUUGUGAGAAGUGGUGUAUUCAAGGGGCUUCUAUAUGUGACAAUGAAAAUGACUCGAAUGUUGAUCCAAGGUUAGAAGAUACACCGUCGGACGAUAUUAUAUCAAGCAGAUCAAAUUUCGAAAAUAAUCCCAAUACUUAUACGGUUACCAUGACAAACGGACCGUUAAUGGAAAUUAUUCUCAAUUUAUUAUCUGUUUGGGAUACCAAAUCAGUGGAAUAUGUGACUAUAACCGUUAAAGGUACAAAACAUAAACCGAUGGUGUUCGAUUCUCCAGAUAACGAAAAAAUUAAGCAAAGCGUAUUGAACGCCAUUAAUGAAAAGAAACUAACGAAAAAUGAAUAUUUCUUGGAGCAAAAUGAAAUCGAAAAAAUUAUCUCCGAUACACUAGAAAAGUUACACUCCAAAAACACUGACGAUGCUAAAACCAAUGAAAACCCACAGCUACAAUUGACUUUGCGGGACUCUGAAUCAGAAAAUGUAAUGCACCAGAUGAUAAAUCCUGAUGUUAUAGAAGAGGCUCCAGAUAUGUCUUCAAUAGUAGGAACACCGCUACUGCUGAAUAAAGAUCCAGAGAAUUUGCAGAUGCUAAAUAGAAAUUCCGGAGGCGACCUAAACAUCUUACAUCAAGAUCAACCACGAAAUCAAAUAUUUUCUGAUAGUUUACAAAAUCAGCCUAACUUAGUUGGAGAUACGAAUCCCCUGCCGGAAGAUAAAGAAUCGGUAUCUCAAAGCAGUGCAGCGUUUUCUACUCCAGAUAACAUAAAAACUAUAGAAAUCAACCCAGAAUUAAAAUCAAGUGAAAAUGUUGAUAUGAGAGACUCGAAUAAUAUGCAAAAUAUGAAUCCAGCAUUAACCAACAAUAUGGCAAUACCCACUGAGAAAUUUAUGAGAAUACCGCACCACCACCACCACCAUCAUCAUCACCAUACCUUAUCAAGAUCUGGCAACCCAACCAACGAAAUACCAUCUGCUGGGACAUUGAAUCCAUCAUCGGAAUUUGAUAAACGAAUUGGAGAAUCCGAUAGGCUUUUAGCCUUAACUCAGCCACAACAACAGCAGCACCCACAUUUUUCCAAUAAUUUACCACAAUUUACUAACAACCAAUUGACACCACAAGAGCAACCACUUGACAAGCGUCUUCCAUUCGAGUCAGUUUUUCCUCUGUUUUUCAGACGAUCUAAUAUUCCUAUCAGUACUGGACAAGAAAUGGAAGCCAAUAACCCAUCCACAGAAGGAACCAAACAAGAAUUUAUAAUACAAACUGACAAUGUUCCAAAUUUAGAUUCCAAAGCAUCCGAAAUGGUUUCUCUACCUGAACCAAUAAUCAGCAGUCAACAAAAUGUUGAAGGAAAUUCCGAAGUUGGGGAACACCAUCAUCAUCACCAUCACCAUUGGCAUUCUUCGAAAUUUGAACCAAAUGAGAAUGAUGAAACAUAUACAUCUGAUCCCAAACUCAAUCAAAACGAUCUUAUAGUGGAGCCUCCAGCAUUAUAUUCUGAAUCGAACGAUUUAUCGAAAAAUUUGAAAAAACCAAUUCAGCCGGAAGCUAGAGAACAUCACCACCAUCAUCACCAUCAUCAUUGGCAUCAACCUAAUUUCCGGACAAACAAUAAUGGCGAUGGUUCUUUCGAAAAUAUGAUGAUAAGUUCACCUGGAGAUACGCAAGAUUUCAAUGAAAAAACUCCUAUCUUAGGAGUUUCAUCACCAGAUAAUAUUAUAAGCGAUGUAUUCUCACAAAAUGUAUUGGAUCAAAAAAGUGCUCCUCUUCUAGAAUCGCCUACAGAAAAAUUUAAACCAUUGUCAAUAAAAGCGGAGAAUCCUUCUGAACAAGAGCUUUGGGAACCACUUCAAGUACGAGUAAGUACUACCGAAAAUUCUGUUGAGAAUCCUAUACAACUUUCCCAAGACGAAUCUCUUAAGAUGCUCAGAAAUGAAAGUCCUCUUCCCCUUAAAGAAACGUUUAAACCAAGUAAUAUGGAAUCUUCGAAAGAAUCAUUGGAAGAAGAAACUGAAACUACCUCUAGAAAAACAAAGCUUGGUGCAAAGGCGAACGCGCUACUGAAAAAAAUUAAGGACAGACAAGAUGAAAAACUGGCGAAAAUUGCCAGAACCAGAGAGAAUAUAGCUAGCCAAAGAAAAGCUACAGAAGAAUCUAUUAGAAAAGGCUUACCUAUAGACUCUAGCAAUGCCCAAGCUGAAGUAAUUCAAGAACCAGUAGUGAAUACUAUCGAAUCAGCUCAGUUAGCUUUAGAAAAACUUCAAGACCUUACGACUACCAAAGAUCCAGAUAUUGAUAAUUUAGGAAGUCAACCGUUGGAUAAUAGUUGGGAAAUGAGGUUAGACGACUCCUUGAACCAUAAAAACCCGAAGGCAACGGAAACCUUAGAAGCAAUAAACGAAAUAGAAGAAAAUCCUAAUAUUUCUAUUCGAGGUCGAAUUCAAGAUGGAACAGAAGCAUCUAAUACUUUAGGAAGAUUAAUUCCAUCUUCAAGAGAUAUGCAAAUAUCGUACAAAGGUCCUUCAGAUAUUUAUUUCGUCGGUAAUGGUAUAAAGCUUCCUCUCCAAAUAGACAAACAACCCGACGGGACACUUGAAUUAUCUGUAGACAUAGAGAAAUUAUGCUCGUGUCACAAUAUAAGCUGCCCCAAAGAUCAUUCUACCUUAGAACGUGCUGUUGGAGAAAUAUUAGAAAGAAACGCCGAACUGCAAGAGCAAUUAGAAAAUUCCGAUGACACGUCUAGUGGAAUGCCUGCACCUAAUAUGAACCAAGAGAUGGUUGACAAUUUGAAUGGAUUGAAUCAAAAUUCUUUUGUAGAUUUGAAAAACCGUAUUGCUAAUAAGUUUGAUGAAGAAAAGGUGACAAGGGAACGACGGUCAACGGUCAAAAAUAUUGAACGAAGUUCGAUGGAGACACCUAAACAAGAAGAAAUUUCUAACGAUACCAGAGUCAAAGUCAAAAAUUUCUUGAAAGAAGUGUUGGGAAAGAGUGUUGAAGAUUUGAGAAACAAAAUGUCAAAAAAAACUCGAUUUUCAACAUCACCCCAGAAAGAAUCUACAAUGGAAGAAAAUGUAAUACCUAUUAAUAAAUAUUAUAAAUUCAAGGAUAUGGAAGAGAGGAUAUCUAAUAACAUAGAUAAAACGGUGGAUAAUUUCUCGAAAAUGGAUAAUGUACUACUGGAAAACGAGUCAGAUAUUUUAAGAAGAAUAAAUGAGGAUCCUCUUAUCAGACAUGAAGUCGGAAUAAUCAGUGAUUUAUUGAGUUUUUUUAAAACAUUAGCUGUAGAUAAUAACAAUGAUAAUGAUAUUUAAAAUAUAUUAUUUUAUCUCAGAUUUUUUUCAUUU